GGACGUGCAACUAAGGCGUGUUCCAGCCGGCGUGGGUGGAUGGGAGAAGAAGCGUGUUAGUGGGGAGCUGACAGCCAGAGAAAAAGCUCGUGGUUAGAUUUUAGUUAUCCAUCAUGGCAUCCAAGUGCCCCAAGUGCGACAAGACUGUCUACUUCGCUGAAAAAGUAACUUCCUUGGGAAAAGAUUGGCACAAAUUUUGUUUGAAAUGUGAGCGCUGCAACAAGACCUUGACACCUGGCGGGCAUGCAGAGCAUGACAGUAAGCCUUACUGUCACAAACCUUGUUAUGCAAUGCUGUUUGGACCAAAAGGUGUAAAUAUUGGAGGAGCAGGAUCCUAUAUUUAUGAUAAAACUCCUUCUGAAGGACAAUUUGCACCAGGCCCUAUUGAGCAUGAAUCCAAAAUGGAAGAAAAGAAAAUGAAUGUUGCACCAAAAGGACCUAGCAAAGCCUCCAGCAUUACUACGUUCACUGGAGAGCCCAAUGUCUGUCCACACUGCUCCAAGAAAGUCUACUUUGCUGAGAAGGUGACUUCAUUGGGCAAGGAUUGGCACCGUCCCUGUCUACGCUGUGAGCGUUGCAAGAAGACUCUUAUUCCUGGAGGCCAUGCUGAGCAUGAUGGACAGCCAUAUUGCCACAAACCAUGCUAUGGGAUCCUGUUUGGACCAAAAGGAGUGAACACAGGUGCAGUUGGAAGCUACAUCUAUGAUAAAGAAACUGAAGCAAAAGAUCAACCGUGAGAGCUUAUUCUAGCCAACUAUCCUCCUGCUUAGCCCAUUUUUACUGCAUUCUUUUGAGGAUGAGGUGGCUGUAUGUUCUUUUGUAUGCUCCCCAGACAGGAGAUGGUAUUCUGUUCCCUCUUCCAUUUUUAAUGGCUGUGCUUUAAAAAGACAGAGCUGCUUCUCCCUCACUUUUAUUUCACUUCAACUAUGUGUAUUCUGAGGAAAUAUCUUUGCUGCCAUUAUUUUACAUGACAGAACACAAUUUUGUCAUGUCCCCUCCAGCCUUUGCAGUUAUUAGUUCAUUUUUAAAGGUCCAACUUACAAUUCACUAUUAAUGGCUGAACAGUUGGAGGAAUAAACAAAUUCUUCAGGGAGGUUAAAAAAAAAUCAGGCAUAUUUUUGAACAUGGCUGUUAAAUGUAGAAUGAUGACUCCUAGAUUGAGAGCCAAGAUUCUUACCAGCUAUGGAUUGCUUUCCUACAUAAAGUUUCAUCACUGUUCAGAGCUAGUCCCUUGUUGAAGCAGAUGUCAGCAGCAAGUUCUUCCUAGCGGCUGACAUAGGGUCCAAUAUAUUUAGCUGAAGCUAAAGUGUUGUUUUUUAAAAAUAGUUUGUAUUCUUGAGAAAUCUGUCAAAUUAUGACCCUACUAAUAUCAGAACAGAACAGAAUGGAUAUGGAAGUAUGUUGUUUAUGUAGGUAUCUGUCACAUACGCAUACAUGGAAAAUAUUACUGUUUGCCAACCAAUGUGUCCUCUUUGCUACGAGGGCAAUU